AUGGCAGACUUCUACGCAGAAAUAGAACGCAGACUCCGCGAGGAGAUUGAGAGGAAGGUGACUAUCGUCCAACAAUCACCGGCGAGACCUACCGUGGCCCAGGUGCAGCAGAGGAUCAAAGAAUUCGGUGACAAAUGUUACGAAUUCGAAGACCUCCUAACUCAAGCGAAGCUGGACUACAUCGAGCUGAAAGGAAACCGCUGGGAAAUGACGUACACAGUCAAGGAGUCGAUAAACUAUAUGCUGAAGCUGAAAGAUAUGAGAGCUAAGCACCUAGAUGAGAUGAGAGAAUUGAGCCACUGGAUGGACCAAUUUUACCUGGCCCAUGAAUGGUACGAGAUCCUAGUGGCUAUCGGAGAUUCACAGGAAAUUGAUCGCUUGAUGUACCUGGACGCUCUGGCACAGCACGUAACCAUGAGGCCCACGAGACCCACAGACCGAGGCUACCCACAGCCUGAAGAAGUUUCUCACAGCUAUUUGAAGAAUGACGUGGGAAGGAUCGUUCAAAAUUUUCAAAGGGAAUACAGAACGCUUACGCAUGAUGAGGGGGAAGAAUUGUAUGACGUGGAGCAAGAAACCACCAGGAGUAGGGCGGCAGAAAUGCGAGCGUAUCAGGAGGUCCAACAAAGCCUCACAGCCUUUACGGAAGAGUGGCGCCGCCAGAGAGAAUCACGCCACAGGGAUGUCACAGCAACAAUUCAGGAAGAAAUCUCACAGCUCAAACGUGAAGUCGAUCAGCAACACGAACAUACUCGGAAGUGGAUUGAAGAGGCCUACAACCAGGCGGCCAAACAAAUGUUGAUAGAACGAAAGGAGUGU